GUGUUGACAUCCACUUGAGAUUUUUUUGGAGAAGAAAGAUCCUCCCUUUCUGGUGGCUGCUGAACCCCUUUGCUUACCAGUGAUGAAGGUGGAGGCAGUGAUGAUGAUGAGACGCAAGAAGAUUGUCAAGAUCAUAGUCCCCAAGGGGGCUUGUAGCUAGAUCUGCUUCGUCUUCUUGGUGAUUGGUGAGGGUGGUGGCAAUGAGAGUGAUGAUCAGCUAGCAAGAGGAUGGUGAAGGGGCGAUUUUGCAGAUAUUGGUGGGAAGUUGUCGAAGAUGGCCUCAGAUUAUCUUCCAUUUGGAUCAAGGGAAAAUGAAGAAGAAGACGACAAUGAGGAGGAAGAAGAAGAAGAGAAUGAGGAGUUUUGUGCAGUAGGGAUUACGAAUGAGGUAUUGACGUUUGCAAGCAAUAUUGCGCAUCAUCCAGAAACCUGGUCGGACUUCCCUCUCAACCCAGAUGAGGACUUAGACGGUAAUUUCUUGUUUAGACAUCAAAGUUGAUUUAGUCUCAUAGCUAGAUAUAUAAUUUCUUUACAUCUUUGGGUUGGCAAUUGAAGUUAGUCUGUAGAAUUACCUAGAGUUAGAGAUCUCUGACAAAUUAUACAUAUCUGAGCUUGCCCCUUUUUUUUUUCUUUUACUUGUUUUAGAUUUUGUAAUGUCUGAUGCCCAGCGUGAUUGGUACACAUCAGCCUCCUUAGGCAACAAUAAAUCUUUCAAAUGCUA